AUGAAUCGCAAUCCAUUAUAUUUCACGGUUCACGAAUUAAUGAAACCUUUUACAUUGUUUUUAAUGCUCGUGUUUAUCGCAACAAAUUAUUUGUUGUUCAUGAUUUUUGAUGGGCAUUUAUUGCAAUAUUCGGAUUUUCAGCCGCGUUUGUUAGAGAUUCCGUUUUCUUCUCAGGAUAAGAAGGGAUGGAAAAACGAUAUCGUGAAAUCCGAAAUGACCAAUUCGGACAUCCAACACGUUCGCUUAUUUGGCGAUUCAAUUAAAUCGUACGCUCGUUUAACCAAUGUGGGACAAUCACAACUUGAUUCGUGUAAGAAAUUUCCUUUUGAAUUUUAUUAUAAUGUCGAGUAUUUGCGAAAGAAAUUUCAUAGGUUAUCAAUCAUCUCACAAGAGCACUUUGAAAAUUGGACGAGAGAAAAGUUCAAGCAACCGAAUUUUCAUUACUUACAUUUCACAUCAUCAUCGUCCUCUUUUGAUAAAGUUGAUGAAGUAACUUUACGUCAUUCGAAAAAAUCAUCUUUAAAUCGGGAUUAUUCGUUUAAUGGUAAAAAACUUUUAAAAUCUUUAAUUAAAAAAUUAGAAGGAUCCAAUUCGGAAAUCUUAUUAAUCAAUAAUGAUAUUCAACGAAAAACCUUUCACCCCAUUACUAUAAAGUACUCAUAUUCUCAACAUAUUUAUCAAGAAAUUCGACCAUUAAGGGAAAAUUAUAAUUUAAAUAAUGUAUAUUUAUCGACAGAUUAUCCGAUCUCAUCGGAUUUUGCAUCGUUUCGUCAUAUAACCAAAGAUCAUCGUCGAGCUAUUAACUUAAUAAAUUCGACAGUCAACAUGAAUACAUGGCACUCCUUUGAUGCUUUCAAUGCAAUCAGACAAGAGAAAGGAAACCAUGAAGAAUUUAAAGGAACGGGAAUCGUGAAUAUAUUAGAUAAAUUAGUUUGUAUAGAAGCGGAUUACUUCAUUACCGCUCCUUCAGAAUGUUCUUCAAAAUCUACAAAUGAUUUUAUAAAAGAGAUUAUUAGCACAAGAUAUCAAGAAUUAUCAAGUACAAAUACCGGUGAUGUUCCACUUGGUAGUACACGUUUUUCAACUGUAACAAGAGACGUAAUAAAGAUUGUAAUCACUUUUAUGCAAAUUGGACUACAUGGAUUUUUAUUUUAUUGGAGAUAUGAAAAUGAUGAUGAUGAUAAAUACGUUUUAAAUGCCGGAUUAAUGACUUUGUGUUGGUUUUACGCUUUGAUUUUGACAUCAAUAAGUAUAACAUCAGGAUCAAGAAAGUGGGGAUGGAUUAUAAAUUGCCACUUGACAGUAUUUUAUAUUACCGCUAUAAUCUCAUCAUUAUUACAAAUUCGAAUUGCUUUAUACUAUUAUCCUCAUUCUAUACCCUUUCCUAAAACGAAACAAAUCGAAAUUUUACUUUCCUUGGCGAAUUUCAUUUUAUCUUUUAUAUCAGCGGCAAUUGCUAUCAAAACGCCUCGAGGUCCUCCAUUAUUAAACAACAAUCGACCAGUUUACGCUGCAGAAUACAGUUCAUUAUGGGAUUUUAUGAUGUUUAGCACAGUAAAUCAAUUAAUUCGUAAAGCAUAUUCUCAACCUUCAUUCAAUGAUACCGAUUUCGAUCAAUUACCUUAUGCAUUAAGAGCUUCCACACUAUAUAAUAAAUUUAAAAGAUGGCGAAAUCAUUCUCUUUUAUAUCGUUUAGUGAGAACAAAUAGAAAAUAUAUAUUGAUCCAAAGUUUCUAUGUCAUAAUUGUAGCGGUACUUUAUUAUGCACCUUAUGCAUUUCUUUAUCGAUUUAUCGAAUUCUUUCAAAACUAUAAAGAAAAACAUGAAUCUGGUGAAACAUUGGAAUGGGGUUUCAUUUAUAUAUUUGGAAUGCUUAUUUCAAAUAUUGUCUUACAAUUAUCGAUAUCACAGAAUUGGUACUGGUCUUCAAGCAUGUUGCAAGUUGCCAUAAAAGGACAACUCAAUGCUGAAAUUUAUUCAAAAGCUUUGAAGAGAUAUGAUUUAGAACAAAAUGCUACAAUAGGAAAAAUUACAAAUUUGAUGGCAGUAGAUUCCAAUAGAAUUUCAGUAUUUGCAACUUGGUGGAAUACUGUUAUUGAUUGUCCUAUUGAGUUGUUUGUGGGACUUUACUUUUUGUAUAUUCUAUUGGGUAGUAGUUGUUUAUAUGGGCUAUUGAUUAUGAUCUUCACACUGCCAAUUAAUCAUCAAACCGCAAAGUAUUAUAAUAAAACUCAGGAUAAACUGAUGAAAGUAAGGGAUCGAAGAGUUGAUCUAAUGAAUGAGGUAUUGCAAGGAAUUCGUAUGAUUAAAUUUUAUGCUUGGGAAAGAAAUUGGGAAAAUCGUGUACUAGAAUCGCGCAAUGCAGAGCUUAAACAACUCCGCAACACUUUUAUUCAUCUUACAGUAUUCGAUUUUGUUUGGAUCGUUUCUCCCGUGUUGGUAACAAUAUCAUCUUUUUACAUCUAUACCAAGAUCCAAGGACAUGAAUUAACAGCAUCAGUAGCCUUUACCUCUCUCUCAAUAUUCCAUGAAUUAAGAUUUGCUUUUAAUGUUUUGCCUGAAGUAUUCACGGACGGAUCACAAGCUUAUACUAGUAUAAAGAGAAUUGAAAAGUUCUUGAAUGAGGAAGAGAUUAAAAAUAAACUUGAAGUAGACUUAGAGGAUGGAGAGAAUGUAUUAGGACAGGAGAGUAAAAUUGGUUUUGAGAAUGCUACUAUUACUUGGAAUCAACCUAAAGACAGUGUAGAUGACACCGAAUCUGAACCACUGUUUAGAAUGGAAAAAUUGAAUUUAGAAUUUCCCAUCGGAGAACUAAGUUUGAUAUGUGGGCCAACGGGGUCAGGAAAGACCUUAAUAUUAAUGUCGCUUCUUGGAGAAACUCAUGUGAUAAGUGGAGAAGUUUAUUGUCCAAAAUCUCCAACAAGUCCUAUAAAUUCUGAUCUUAACCCAUCAAAUUGGAUAUUAUCAAAUAGUGUCGCACUAGUUGCUCAACAAGCUUGGCUUCAAAAUGCAUCUAUUAGAUCAAACAUCAUUUUCAGCCUUCCUUAUGUUGAGGACCGAUAUGCGGAAGUGAUUAGAGUGUGUUCUUUAGAAAAGGAUUUAGAGAUUUUGGAAGAUGGUGACAUGACAGAGAUCGGAGAAAAAGGAAUCACGCUUUCAGGAGGACAGAAACAAAGAGUCGCUCUAGCAAGAGCAGUCUAUUCUCGAGCAAAGAAUAUCUUAAUGGACGAUGUUUUGAGCGCAGUUGAUGCACAUACUGCUAAACAUUUGAUGAUUGAGUGUUUAUCAGGCACUUUAAUGAAAGGGCGAACAAUAAUUUUAGUUACACACCAUGUCAGAUUAUGUUUGAAAGAAGCCUCAUACUUGGUCACUAUUGAUAACGGUAAAGUAACUGUGGCAGGAGCCGUAUCAGAAUUAAGGAAUUCCGGUAAAUUGGCUGCCAUAUUAGAAGAAGCCGAUAGCAGGUCCGAAUUUGUCAAGGAUUCAGCAGAACUAGCAGCAGAAAAUGUAGUGAAAGAUGAUGCAGACAAGCUGCAUGUAGCUGAAUCAUCAGCUAAUUUAUCUGUGGGAAAUAUUGAAAAUGAAGUUAAUUUGGGUGAUGUUCAAAAAAAUAAGAAGAAAUUUUCCAGUACUACAAAACCAAAAGUUCUCGUUGAAGAAGAAGCACGUCCGACUGGAGCUGUUAGAUUUAGAAUAUAUAAGACUUAUGUCCGUGCUAAUGGACACAUAAUAUUUUGGUCUUUAGUUGCAAUACUUUAUAUUAUAACUAGAACAACUCAAAUCAUGGAAAGUUGGUGGCUUAAAAUAUGGUCACAAGCAAAUCUGGAAGAGAGUGGCAAUAGUUAUAUCUCAAUUAAUACUUCGCAUAUUAUUGAUAAUGUAACAUCGAUUUCUUCCUUAAUUCCAGCAAUGGUUUCAACAUAUUCAUUUGAUCGACAGGGAAGGAGUUUAUCAUCACGAAUCCCCCCAUUAAAUUUUAAUGACGAUAAUGAUGCUCAGAAUGAUACACAUAGUAUUGACUAUUAUUUGAACAUUUAUAUAUUAAUCUCACUUUCAUCUAGUAUCUUUGGAGUUGCGAGGUUUACCUUACUAUAUUAUGGAAGUUUGAGAGCUUCAAGAAAAUUAUAUAAAAUUUUGCUUAAUCAAGUUUUAAGAGCUCCACUUAGAUUUUUUGAUACUACUCCCGUUGGAAGAAUUCUUAAUAGGUUCAGUAAGGAUUUUGAAACUAUUGAUAGUAAAUUAAUAGCCGAAUUCUCCACGUUUUUAACUUAUGCUAUUAUGGCAAUUACAACUAUUUUUGUCAUAACAUCCAUUACAAAAGAAUUCCUUAUUGCCGCGAUUAUAUUUUGCAUUAUCUAUUUACUUGUUGGAUCGUUAUAUAUUAAGGCUUCGCGAGAGUGUAAGAGAUUGGAUUCUGUUACGAGAUCACCCCUGUAUUCACAUUUUACAGAAACUCUAAUUGGUAUUUCAACAAUUAGAGCAUACGGUGCUACUAAGAUAUUCAUGCAAGAUAUGUUUGAUAAGAUUGAUUCAAAUCAUCGUGCGUUUUUUAAUAUGUGGCUCGUCAACAGAUGGUUAUCAGUUCGUUUCAGUUUGACUGGUACAUUGGUAGCUUUCUUUUCUGGUAUCUUCUUACUCUAUCAUAUAGACUCGUUAGAUCCGGGCUUGGUCGGAAUAUCAUUGUCAUUUGCAUUAAACUUCACAGAACAAAUAAUUUGGUCGAUUAGGAGAUAUUCUUCAAUGGAAAUGAGUUUAAAUGCUGUUGAAAGAGUAUGCGAGUUUUCAGAAUUACCACAAGAAGCACCUGCUAUAAUUUCACCAAGACCUCCAGCCGCUUGGCCAUAUAAUGGCAAAAUUAAAGUGGAAAAUCUAGAGGUUAAAUAUGCACCAGAUUUAGAACCUGUUUUACAUCAUAUUAGCUUUAAUAUUAAAGGUAGUGAGAAAGUUGGGAUCGUUGGAAGGACAGGGUCAGGCAAAUCAACGAUAGCAUUAUCGUUAUUUAGAUUCAUUGAACCAUCAAGUGGAAAAAUAUUGAUCGAUGAUAUAGAUAUAAAUUCAAUUGGAGUUGAGGAUUUAAGAUCAAGAAUUACUAUUAUACCACAGGAUCCUAUAUUAUUUACAGGAACAAUUCGUUCAAAUUUGGAUGCGUUUUCACAGUACGACGAUCUUGAAAUAAUGUCUUCGUUGAAACGUGUUCAUUUAAUACCAUCGGAUUCAGAGCAAGUGGCCGCUUUGGAUGCAGUAAAUACUUCAUCCUUAGGAACAAUUAAUAGGAGGGGAAGUAGGGGUUCAUAUACCCAUGAGAAUAUCAAUGUGUUCAAAAAUUUGGAUACACCAGUAAGUGAAGGCGGUAGAAACUUUAGUCAAGGUCAAAGGCAAUUGUUGUGUUUGGCCAGAGCCUUGUUGAGAAGAAAUAAAGUGAUUUUAAUGGACGAAGCUACUGCGAGUAUUGAUUUCGAUAUGGAUGAAAAAAUACAAAAUAUGAUAAGAACCGAAUUCACGGAUUGCACCAUCAUAUGUAUCGCGCAUCGAUUGAGAACUGUUAUUGAUUAUGAUAGAAUAUUAGUACUUGAUCAAGGCAACAUAAUGGAAUUUGAUAGUCCUCAUAACUUGGUGAUAAAUCAUGAAUCGUUAUUUUAUAAAAUGUGUCAGAAUUCUGGAGAAUUUGAUCAAUUAAUGUCUUUAGCUUUAAAGAAAGGUAACAAGGAUGUGUAG